AUGCGACACGGCGCCUUUGCUGGUGCGGACAACGAGGCGUGGUGCAUUGUCCGCUGCAUACGUCUCGGUGUCUCGGUAAAACCCGUGGAGCUCGAGGACCACGACUGCCUCUGCUCUAUACGAGCCAGCAUCUCCGACAUCACCGAGCUCGCCUCAGCCUGGGGCCGCGCUCUCUUGGUUUGUGCCGAUGCUGCUUUCCCUCUCGCUGCCUCCCAUUGCCGCACCGGCUCAUUGUCAAUAUCCAAAGGCUCCGGUCCCGACUCUAGGAUACGCGGUGGAGAUAGGGCUGACGACAUUAUCCGAUCUCGAGGUCUGCUAGGGAAAGCCGUUGGAAAAGCGAAAUUCUCCAUUGACGGUAGAGAGCUAGACUCUGCGGAAGUUGCUGGAACGGGGGUUGAAACGGAGAUUGGACCCGUGAACCACCUCAACUUAUCAGUCAUCUGCGUCAAGACCGUCCAUAAAGAUCGCAUGUUAGACCUGGUCGGUUGGUACACGCUCAUCGCCAAGACCGGCCCGACCCCAGACAUCCUACCCACCCACACCGCGAUGCUCGACCUCAACGACUCGAGCCUGCUUCUCGGCUUCCACCCCGACGAACUAGCCCAUGCCUCAGCCGGCGCGAAGCUUCCCUCACCAUAUACGAGAGCAACUACGAACGAUCCGCCCCUGAAACUCAAGUUCCGCGAGCUCCAGUACACGGUAGAGGCCGGCACCGCCGAGAUGAUUAGCAUGGACUUUGUCGCCCGCGGCGGCGGCAACGCGACUGCGGUAGAGCCCAAGGAGCGCCGCCAAGCCACCCCAACCGGGGUCGCCGAGGAUGCGAGGGAAUCCAAGCGGCGAAUAGUCUCCGUCCCCGCCGAUGCCGACGCCGCGCCCGAAUUCGUCCUCACGAGAGAGGAGGAAGAGAUGAUUAGCGCCCUCACCGCCAAGGCCAAUGCCAUCAAGAUGCUCCAGUCGCGUGUCCAGGUCAUCCGCGAGUACCUAGGCCAGCUUCCCGAAACCUUCAAAGCGGGCGACCACGCCAUCCCGCAGAUGACGGAAGCUGGUCCCCAUGCCGCGGCCCCAUCUUACACCAUUCUCCGCCAGAUCCAAGCCCUCGUCAGUCGCCUCGAGGUCCUCGUGCCCUCGGACGAGAAGGCCUUCCAGGAGGAGCUCCUCCGGGAGAAGAACGAUGUCAACAUCAUCUCACUGCUAAACGGAAUCGUUCAGGGCACACAGGGUGCCCGCGAAAUAGGCCGCAAGUUCCAAGUCAUUGAGAGCAAUAAACCGCGAAAUAGGAUGGCCGAGUUCACGAAUGAGUCGCGCUUUGCCUUCAACCUGUCAGAUGGCCAUGACCUUUUAUAG